AUGAAUAUAUUUUCUAAUUUUCCAUUUCCACCAUCACAACCAUCAUCAUCCAUUAUUGAUAGUAAUCAUUUUAUCACAUCUGAAAAUGGUCAACAACAUGUGGAAAUAUCAACCAAUAGACAGACUACUAAUAGUAUGAUGACACCAGUUAUUACUGAUAUUACAAUUAGUAAUGGUGAUUGUUUGGAACAAAAAAUACCACCACCACCACCACCACCACCUCCUCCAUCAUCAUCAUCAUCAUCGUUAUCAUUAUCAUCAGUAUCAAAAUCUGUUCCAUCAUCAUCAUUACCGUCAGCAACAACAAUAACUGCAACAACAACAACAACGCCACCAACAGCAACAACAUCUACAAAUAUACAACAAAAAUUAUUAACCCAACGACGAAAUGAUACAAAGAUGAAUGAUGAACGACAUCGAAAAAAUUCCCUUCAAACGACUUCACAGAAUAAUUGGCCUGGUGAAAGUGAUUGGAUGGAGAAUGAAAAGCAAAUAUCCAACAAGGAAAGUACGAUAAAAAAUGGACAUGUUGAGGAAAAUAGUAUAGAAGGCGAACCUAUUUGGGUUAUGAGAGAUUCAUAUUUGAAGAGGGUUCAAAGGGAAGAAAAUCAAAGCAAUGAACAAGCUGUGGAAAUGAAUAAAAAUUCUGAGAGAUUUGAGCCAGCUCCGGAUGAAGUGAUUAAUGAAACGGAAAGUUUGUUAUCAAAGGAUGAACAAGGAGGUGAUGAUGGGAUUAAAACGAAAAAAGGCUCCAAAAAGGAAGUUAUAGUGCAUGAGCCAGCAGUACUGAUUGAAGGUGUACUCUUUCGAGCCAGAUAUUUAGGUUCAACACAGCUAAUUUGUGAAGGAAGACCAACGAAAGCAAGUCGUAUGAUGCAGGCACAAGAAGCAGUAGCUCGGGUUAAAGCACCAGCAGGUGAAAUUCAGCCAAGUACAGAUAUCGAUUUAUUCAUAUCAACGGAGAAGAUUAUGGUAUUAAAUACCGAUCUUCAGCGAAUAUCCGAUACAGAUGUUCGACAGGUACUUAUUUAA